AGCAGCGCCUGCGCGGGCGCAGGGCUGCCUCCGUGCCGAGAAUGCGUGCGCUGAGCCUUUCCCUCAAGCGGAAGUUUACGGGGGCCGCUGAGAAGGAUUUGGUUUAAAUGGAGAUUGCAACCCAGUGAAUCUGAGGGCCAGACCUCAACCCCAGAAAGCAUGAGCGCCUUCUGUUCAGACUGUGGCAACAGUAUCAAAACAGCGUUCAAAUUCUGCCCCUACUGCGGAAAGCCUCUGUCUAAAGAGGAGCCUGAGGGUUCCCAGGCCUUUGUCAAACCGCUUGUGUCAUCCUUGAGAGUGUUCCCUUCACUAGGCUCAAAGAGAGAGAGCAGUGGUUCUAAACUCUCUGUCAAGAAAGUAAAAUGGUCCAGCUGUGCCACUUCUUCUCCAUCAUCCCUCUCCUCAGACUGCGACAGUUCUGGGUCUGAACACACCUUGAGUCCCCCUGAGAAACCCAGAGGGUCCCAGAAAACACCUCCCACCCCCAAAAGGAACCCGCAGACAACAAAAAGAAGCCCUCAGACAGUGAAGCGGAGCCGGGUGACCACCUCGCUUACGGCUUUGCCCACGGGGAUGGUGCUGACAGACAAGCGGGGACUACACUGGAAGCUGGGAGCCAUUCAGAGCAGGGAUGACCAGGGCAUUCUCUACGAAGCUGAGUCUUUCUCCACCUCUGAGUCCACCAGUGAGUCGAGUGCCCAGAAACCAAGAUUCUCCCUGAAACUAGACGCCAAGGACGGGCGCGUGUUCAAUGAGCAGCACUUCUUCCAGCGAGCCGCCAAGCCCUUGCAAGUGAACAAGUGGAAGAAGCUGCAGCUGACCCCCCUACUGGCCAUCCCCACCUGUGUCAGUUUCGGCAUUCACGAGGACAGGUACAGGUUCUUGGUGUUCCCCAUGCUGGGGAGGAGCCUUCAGUCGGCCCUGGACGACAGCCCGAAGCACAUAGUGCCCAUGCUGUCCGUGUUCCAGAUGGCCUACCGGCUGCUGGAUGCCCUGGAGUUCCUUCAUGAGAACGAGUAUGUUCACGGGAAUGUGACAGCUGACAAUGUCUUUGUGAACCCAGAGGACCCGAGCCAGGUGACCCUGGCAGGCUACGGCUACGCCUUCCGGUAUUCCCCAGGCGGCAAGCACGUGGCCUGCGUGGAAGGCAGCAGGAGCUUCCAUGAGGGGGACCUGGAGUUCAUUAGCAUGGACGUACACAAGGGAUGCGGGCCCUUCCGCCGCAGUGACCUCCAGACCCUGGGCUACUGUUUGCUAAAGUGGAUCUACGGGACCCUGCCGUGGACGAAAUGCCUGUCCAACAUCGAGGCCGUCAUGAAGCUGAAACAGCAGUUCCUUGACAACCCGGAGGCCCUGGUGAGACAGUACAGUCGCCAGAUGAGUCCCUCAGAGGCCCCACAGGAGUACCUGAAGGAGUACCUGAAGGCGGUGAUGGCCCUCCGGUAUGACGAGAAGCCCCCCUACGCUGUGCUGAGGAUCAAACUGGAAGCCCUGCUGAAGACGCUGAAGGUGUCGGCCUAUGGGCCCGUAGACCUCCACAUGGCGCCAUAGAACUUUCAACUCCCAGUUUGAAAUAGAAAGAAAAAAGAGAAGAACUGUGACUCCAGGCCUGCUGUAGAUUUGCUUCUGGAAAGAUCCCUCAAAUGUGAGUUCCUGCCGCUUCUUCCGGAGGCACUGCCUGUCCGUCUCCAUCAGCAACAGGGGACUUGGCGGCUGGGCUCCAGGUGACGUGAACAGCCUCCCUCCAACUGUCCGAGUCUCCUGGCCACCGCUGGGCUGUGAACAGAGAAGACCCCAACCCACGGCCCCUCAGGGGGACCCUUCCUACCACUGGCACCACUACCCUUUGGCAAUAAAUUGUUUCACUGGA